CUUCGAUAGAUCAGACCGUAAACUGGAGGCAGCGAGUGGUGAGGACAGCAGUGUUCCAAAAUCCCUAAGAGAACUGUGCAAAGCGUGAUUUUGCAGACAGCAGUGCUGAGUUUUGGAUUAUAUUGCAAUUUUACCAGAAAGAAACAAAGAAAAUAAAUAACGGGGUGAGCUGGCAUAAAAUUGCGCGGAGAACCUAAACUAACGCAGCUGAUAGAGGUCCUGAACCUGGGUUUGUGAUGUGACAGCUGCUUGCGCCUAAGCGGCGCUUUUACGCACGAUGGAGGACCUUUUACGCGAUCAGUGCAGUUGGUCUCACAAUGUUACAUGGAGCAGCUUAAGUCUUGAAAAUGAAAGCCACGUAGGAAACACCACAGUGAACCCCCUGAAACGAAAUGAAGAAGUGGCUAAAGUGGAAGUUACCGUCCUGGUCCUGGUGCUGCUUCUCGCGCUGACGGGCAAUCUGUGCGUCCUGUGGGCUAUUCACACCAGCAAGCACAGUCAAUCUCGGAUGUAUUACUUCAUGAAGCACCUGAGCAUCGCAGACCUUGUAGUUGCAGUCUUUCAGGUCUUACCUCAGCUCAUUUGGGAUAUCACUUUUCGCUUCUAUGGACCCGAUUUCCUGUGCAGGUUGGUCAAAUACCUCCAGGUCGUGGGUAUGUUUGCGUCUACCUACAUGCUUGUUCUAAUGUCGAUAGACAGGUGCUUGGCAGUCUGCCAGCCACUUCGCUCCGUGCACAAGAAAAAAGAUCGUUUCUGUGUGAUCGCUUCUUGGAUGCUCAGCCUGAUAUUCAGCACUCCUCAAGCUUACAUAUUUUCUCUUAGGGAGGUCGGUAAUGGUGUGUAUGACUGCUGGGCGGACUUCGUACAGCCCUGGGGUGCCAAAGCAUACAUUACUUGGAUGAGUCUGAGCAUUUACAUUUUUCCAGUGGCGAUUUUAAUCAUCUGCUACGGCUUGAUAUGUUUUAAAAUAUGGCAGAAUUUCAAUUUAAAAACCAGAAGGGAGCACUUUCUGGCUCUCACUCCAAGGCCCUCCAAAGGCGCUCAACCCCUAUCUCGUGUGAGCAGCGUAAGACUUAUUUCAAAGGCCAAGAUCCGCACAGUAAAAAUGACAUUUGUAGUGGUGCUUGCUUACAUUGUGUGCUGGACCCCUUUUUUCUUUGUCCAGAUGUGGUCUGCAUGGGAUCCUGCUGCACCAAGAGAAGACAUGGCCUUCAUCAUUGCCAUGUUGCUAGCCAGUCUCAAUAGCUGCUGUAACCCCUGGAUCUACAUGUUCUUUGCGGGUCACCUAUUCCAUGACCUGAUGCAGUGCUUCUUCUGCUGCUGUAGACAGUACCUGACAGAGUGCUUGUGCAACUGUGAUCAGCAGUGCAGACACAAGAGGGGCUCCUCCACUUACAUUAACAAGAACACCAACAGUCAGAGGAGCCUCUCACGCACAUCCAGUACGGUACACUGAAAAGCCAGCUAAAAGGCAUCCAAGCGCCAUGCAAUCAAGUAAUCCAGCAAUCAUGCAGCUACCCUUUUCAGCCAUUUAACUAACUACAGCGGCACUGUGCUGGCCAUUGCUGCACAUUUUUCUCUCUAGUAUUUAGAACUGAACUAACUGACAAUGUAAACUUCCUGUCCAGACAAUAUACUUCACCCACUGAUAACUGUAAAUGAAACAAAUGCCACCGUGUCCUAAUUGUGAACAAAAUGUAAUGUAAUGUAAACUUCACAAGAAUUUUAUAUAUAUAUAUAUAUAUGUCCUCUAAAUGGAUGCUUUAGCAUUCAAAGGUUUACCCUCUAUUUAUCUGCUUAAAAAUUUAUCAUCAUUCUAUUUAAUAAUUUGUCUGUACACGAUUUUAAAGUCAUGCUCCAACAGUUAGGUGGGUGAUAUGGCCUUUAAAGAUAGGUAAUAGUUACAUGAAAUAAGUUAUAUUAAUAUAACAGAUUGCAAAGGGAUUCUAAUUUAGCAACUGUAAUAUAAUGACUGUUUACUGCUUUACUUAAGGUGUCAACAUUUUUGCACUGUUAAUAUUCACUUUUGAUGUUUGUUUUUUUUUUAAUGCCAAGCUCUACUGCACAACCACAGCAAAUAUGGAUCAACUGAGCAAAAGCCAUAGAAAUGCAUUUUUCUAAUGGAUGCUGGUUCUGCUGAUUUCACAGGACCAUCCUGUUUUUCUGUCAUAAAGAUAUAUGAAAUUCAGUUUGUAAAUUGCUCCCACUGCUUCCAGUGUGUGUUGCUGCAUCAUUAUUUUCAAUCAAUUUUCACACCUCUUUUCUGGGUUUUGGAUUUUUCUUGUAAUGCUUCUGUGCAUGGGCGAUCAGAGAACUUGGAGUAUGCAUUAAAUGUGGAUUGUAUCAUUCAGAAUAUCAGUCUUAGCUUGUGAUCAUCAUUAAUAAUGAUUAUUAUAAGUUCCCUGCUGUGUUCAUAUUGCUAUGUGAAUGGAGAACUUUGGUGUCAGAGUCAGAAAAUGUGCAUUCCCAACUUAUUAGGUGUGCUAUAACUUUUCUUAAACUUUAUGUGACCUUGCAUGUUGUCAAAGAAAAUAUUGUAGGUUAUGGCGUCCACAGGGAGAAGCUGUAAGUUGGUGGAGGGGAUUUUAUAUAUAA